AGAGGCUUCCGCUUUCGUCCCGCAGGGGCUGUUGGGAAGGCAGGAAGGCGGAAGUGCCCUGGGAAGAUGGCGGCGACGCUGCGCAUCCAGAGCGAUUGGAGCCAAGCGCUGAGGGAAGCCGACCCUCUAUGGCAGCCUGACCCGCCGCGGGCUCAGCACCGAGGGCGUCCCUGACAUCGCUGCCUCCGAGGGCUUCGUGGUUGGGGAAGUCACCAAGGUGCCAAGGCUCGCAGAGAGUGGGGCCUGGAAACUGCCUUCCACGCAUGAAGGGAUGAUACUCUUAUGCAAGUCAAAAUAGCGGCCUAAAGCUGACACCCAAUACCCUGCAUGUUUCUGAAUGACAACUAUCCUGGGCCUCCCUGCCGCUCAGCGCCCUGGAGCUGGUCCAUAGCAUCCCAGAGUUGGGCUGAGGCUGUGUCAUGGCUGGCCAGGCCAUUGCGGCCAUCCCUUGCCACCCGUGGUCUGUAUCUUAAGGAGGCAUAAGGAGCUUAUCCCAGUGCUGUGCCUUGCAUUGGCCUUCAGGCUAUGGGAGACCACACCCAGAUUGUAGUUCUACCUUGGCAGCCUCUGUGUUUCAGUAGGACUAACAGCACUUCUAAUUCUUUAUCUCCUCUCUUUCCUUUUCUAGAAAAGCAUUGUCAUUUCUUGUCCUCAUGAAAAUGUGUCCACAAAGUUCCUGGCACCGUACACAACUUUUUCUAGAAUUCAUCAGAAAAGCAUUACCUGCCUUGAUAUUUCCAGCGGUGGAGGGCUUGGUGUGUCUACCAGCACAGAUGGGACCAUGAAAAUCUGGCAGGCUGCAAAUGGAGAAAUAAGAAGACUAUUGGAAGGCCAUGUGUAUGAUGUGAAUUGUUGCAGGUUUUUCCCAUCGGGCCUCGUGGUUCUGAGUGGGGGAAUGGAUGCUCAGCUAAAGAUCUGGUCAGCAGAAGAUGCCAGCUGCGUAGUAACAUUUAAAGGUCACAAAGGAGGUAUUUUGGACACUGCCAUUGUGGAUCGGGGAAGAAAUGUCCUUUCCUGCUCUAGGGAUGGCACUGCCCGUCUCUGGGACUGUGGAAAAUCUGCCUGUCUGGGUGUGAUCGCUGACUGUGGCUCUCCUGUAAACGGCAUUGCUGUUGGCACUGCUGACAACUCGCUGAACCUGGGCAUGCCUGAAGAAGCUCCCAGUGAGCGUGAGAUUGGGACAGAAGGGAAAAUCCUGCUGCUGGCUCGAGAAGACAAGAAGCUUCAAGGAGUGGGACUACAGAGCAGGCAGCUGGUGUUCCUCUUUGAUGGAUCUGAUGCGUUUAACUGCUGCACAUUCCUCUCCAGUACCUAUAUCCUAGCAGGGACUCAAGAUGGGAACAUAUACCAGCUGGAUGUGAGAAACACAAAUGCUCCAAUCCAGGUCGUCCACAGAUCGGGAGCACCAGUGCUUUCACUGCUCCCGUACCGAGAUGGAUUUGCUGCCAGCCAAGGUGAUGGAACCUGCUUUGUCAUUCAGCAAGACCUUGAUUACGUCCUUGAUCUCACAGAAGCUGACUGUGACCCUGUGUACAAGGUGGCUUCUUGGGAGAAGCAAAUUUACACAUGCUGCAGAGACGGGAUAGUGAGGAGAUACCAUCUUGCUGACCUUUAAGUGUUUGGAUUGGCCAAAUAUUGGGGAGAUGUGGCGAAAUAGCUCUUCCAAGCUUCUUUUCCUACACAGCUUGUUUGAGAUGUGUAGAUUGAACUUUGAGGUUUUUAUGAGUUUCUGAAGCUGUUGUGGCAACCGGACUCUAUACAGGUUUUUUUGAUGACAGGUAAUAUUUCUUACUACAACACAGCUUUGGUUGUAUUUAAUUUGGAGAGCGGCUUUGAGGCGCUGGAGAGGAUCUUGUCACAGCUGUUUUUGUCACUGCUGAAGUACUGCUGUAUGAAAAUAAAUAGUGACGGGGAACAAUGA